UGCAUAUACACUUGCUAAUAAAUUUGCCUGUGUUUUACGAAAGAGCAUUUCCAACUUUGUUUUUAAAAAUCAGCUAAUAAGGUCCCUCCAAUUUCAAAUAUCUUCGUGAGCAUUUAAUGGGAUUCUCUCAUUUGCAUGUAUAAAUAAAUAUGGAGAGAUGAGUGGGAAGAUAAACCAUCCCCUUCAAUUCCUUCCUUUUGUUCUUUCACCUAGCUAAUCAAGUUGAAUAUAUAGAACGAGCUUUCCUGAUCAUGGAAAUGAUCUUUUCUUCUGCUUCCUCAACCUUUUUGCUGUUUCAUCUUUUGGUAAUCUUUUCGAUUUUCUGCAACACAAAGGCUUUGAUAAAGCUACCACCAAAUGAAACGGUUCCUGCUCUCAUCGUCUUUGGGGAUUCCAUUGUUGACGCCGGAAACAACAACGAUCUCCAGACCCUGAUUAGGUGCAACUUCCUCCCCUAUGGACAAGAUUUUGAAGGGGGAGUUCCAACAGGAAGGUUUUGCAAUGGAAAAAUCCCUUCAGAUUUAGUAGCUGAAGAAUUGGGAAUUAAAGAUAUUGUGCCAGCAUAUCUGGAUCCAACAUUGAAUCCCCAAGAACUCAUUACCGGGGUAACCUUUGCUUCAGGUGGCACAGGAUAUGAUCCUUUGACUCCCAAACUAGCGUCCGUAAUAUCGAUGUCGGACCAGUUAGAUCAUUUUAAAGAAUACAUAGCGAAGCUGAAAGCUCUUGUUGGAGAAGACAGAACGAACUUCAUCUUAGCCAAAAGUUUAUUUCUAAUUGUAUCCGGCAGCGAUGACAUUGCCAACACGUAUUUUGUUCUCCGUGCCAGGAAAUUGCAGUACGAUGUUCCCGCUUAUACUGAUUUGAUGGUUAAGUCGGCUUCUGACUUUUUUAAGGAACUAUACACUUUGGGAGCAAGAAGAAUCGCGGUUUUUAGCGCACCACCAAUCGGCUGUGUGCCAUCACAAAGAACUUUAGCAGGAGGAAUUGAAAGGGAAUGUGCAGACGAUUACAACGUAGCGGCAAGAUUGUUCAACAAGAAGCUAUCUGCCAUGUUGGAUUCCCUUCAAACAAGCCUGCCCGGUGGGAAAUUUGUGUACAUAGAUGUCUACAAUCCUCUGCUUGAUCUCAUCGAAAACCCUCAAAAACAUGGGUUUGAAGUUGUAAACAAAGGCUGCUGUGGAACAGGGAACAUAGAGGUGGCAGUUUUGUGUAAUAAAUUGAGUCCAUCGACGUGUACAGAUGUCUCAAAAUAUAUAUUUUGGGAUAGUUAUCAUCCAACCGAGAAGGCAUACAGAGCCCUGGUUGCUCCACUCCUUCCGAAAUAUGUGAGCAAAUUCCUGUAAGGCAAAUCUCAAAUUAUGAAGACAACAAAUUGAAAGCUCUCUAUUUCUCAUUUGUAUCCUUUUUUUUUACCCCAUAAAAGAUGGUCUUUGAGGAUUUGUGACCAUAUUGGCUAGCUCUAACUUUAUUUAAGUCCAAGUCAUUAUGCAUUUUCAUUCUAUAUAUCUAUUUUAUCUUUUAUUUAUAAUUCCCUCUUUGCAAUGUUCUGUGCUUUUUUCAUUGACUUUCAUUUCUCAU